AUUUUCGGUGAGCCACGGCAAUACAGUCAGUUGGACUUCGCCACUCGGAAGCAACGGUUCGAUUUGGUCGGUCGGGUCGGGGUUACGCUUUCUUCGCUAUUGCUUUUUGAGUAUAGUUACAAUAAUCCCAUAAAGGACGACGAUUGCAGAACGAACUCGCAGUAAGUUUAUGCGUCGGGAGGAAAAUACAAACACUCUACUAAACAGCCACCCAGUUUUCCUAUUAACGGUGAAUUUGUUUUGGCGGAUCUUUAUCUCGUCCUGCUAUCAGUUGGAGUGUAAUAUAUUGCGGUUGAAAAAAAUUGAACAAAAGAAAAAAACAUACUGUUUUUGCUCCAGAAAGAUCGGAGGAAGAAAACUAUAUUUCGUACACUACCGUAGUGCGGAUAAUGUAUGUGUUGUGAUUUGAAAUUCCUGACUAAGAUGAUUGUUUGAAUCGGAGCAUCAACCAGACGGUGAGAUGAAAGUGAGAGUUGUUUGUAGGUGCCAAGUUUAUUUAUUGUGUUUUGGCCAGCGUUUAAUGUCGCCAGUAAUAAUAAACAGGCAAAGUGUGAAGACUCAUUAGAUACUAUAGAAGUGAGGUGGUGGCAAUGUAAAAAUUUGUACUGUUGAUAUGUUCGUUUGUCGGACUAGAAAACAGUGUUGAUACGUGUUGUAGAUCUUUUCGUUUGGCACUAAUUCGGGCUAUUUAGACUUCAAUUUGAGGCAAAAAAUAUGCCGCUGAAAUAUUGAAAAAAUCGCUAGAAGUUUGUGGUAAUUUGUGUAGCGGAGAUGGAGAUCAGGAGAUGUGACAAGGACAACAAAGUAAGUUACGCUUCAAGUGCGAGGAAGAAUGCAAAGUGAAUGUUUUCCUUUAGAUAAAAUUUACAAAAAAGUUGUGCUCGGCGAUGAAAUGUCAGCUAAUAUUCUAAUUUUGUGCUGCACAUUUUUUCAAGUGACGUUGCUGGGGUUAAUUAGAGCCAACUAAUAAUCAGAAACCCUGGCGGCUGAUUGUGUAUGCAAUGGAACAUUGCUUUGCAACGAGAAGAAGCUUUUCCGGAACUGCAGGAAACCUCUAACAACGGAACUGACUGAUCGAAGCAAAACGUAAUAUUUUACAGUAUUCCUUUAAUUUAUCACCUGAUAAAUUGUAUAGAAAAUCGAUGUCGUUUCACCAGCGCAAAAGUAUCGGUGUAGAAUACGAGCAAUCUGUCGAAGCGGGACUAACGAAAAAAGGUUCUGCAAGAAACCAUUGCCAACUGCCUGGCCAGUUCCGUGGCUACACAAUGACGGUGCGGGUUGUAAUAUUUUUACGAUCACAUCAAAUUGUCCUGCUCAAUGGAUGCUGGUGUGACAGUGGCUGCGCAUCUGGUAAAAUCUGUUGCUACCGGUGGUUGGACCGUAACCAAUUGGGACCUCAAUUCUGGUUGGUUGCCCAAUUUUUCCUUCAAGCUGAUCGCAACGAUGAAGCUGAUCACGAUGACCUGUUUCCUGCCGUUGAAAAUGAUAGAAAUAUUCAGACGCCGUUUAAUGGUCCUAGUCGAAAGGUUUUCAUUCCUUCCGUUGAAAUGUUGAAAUACUUUAUUUUCCUGAUUUCGAAGAAAGUGGUACAAAGUAAGUGAAAAACAGCACAUGAGUUGGCAACUGUUGCAUGAUAUGAAUCUCAUGAGAGAAAAUUUAGUAAUAAGUGACGUAGAGGUUUCGCUGUUCUUCGGAGACCACGUUGCAGAGCAGCAAGAAGGGAUUUUUUCAACCUCCCCUGGAAUUGUUACUGGAAUGGAUUUUGCGCUUAAUAGUACUGUGUAUGGUUCGAAAAAAGAACAUGUUGUUUUAUCCGAACUGGAAUACACUACAAUGAAAGUAAACAGCUCAACCCAUAAUACUACGGAGCAAGUGUUUGAUAGCUUUUAUUUUUACGAGACUGAACAAUUUGCAGUAUUAUGGAUUUUAUUCGUAGUGAUCGUAUUAGGCAAUAUGGCUGUGUUAGUAACGCUGUUUUUGAACAAGAAUCGAAAAUCACGAAUGAACUUUUUUAUCAAGCAACUAGCGAUCGCAGAUCUCAGUGUCGGCCUGCUGAGUGUAUUGACGGACAUUGUGCAGAGGAUAACCAUAUCCUGGUUGGCAGGAAAUGUAGCCUGUAAGGUGAUACGCUUCAUACAGGUGUGGGUCACAUACUCCUCCACCUACAUGCUGGUAGCUCUCAGCAUCGACCGCUACGAUGCGAUAACUCAUCCGAUGAACUUUUCCGGCUGUUGGAAGAGGGCUCGAAGGUUGGUGGCAGCCGCUUGGGGCUUCAGUGCGGUCUUUUCAUCUCCUAUGUUCUAUCUUUAUGAGGAGCGAGUUAUUCAAGAUCAACUCCAGUGUUGGAUUGAGCUUGGAGAUGCACUUCGGUGGCAACUCUAUAUGUGUUGGGUGGCUGCCUCUCUGUUCGUGAUACCAGCAUUCAUCAUCUCGGCCUGUUAUGUGAUUAUAAUUAAAACCAUCUGGUCAAAGGGAUCCGUGCUUGGACCAGUCGGCGAUAAAUACCGACAACGUAACGGAAGCGGAGACUUGGCCAGCCGUCGUGCCAGCUCUAGAGGCAUCAUUCCAAGGGCCAAAGUGAAAACUGUUAAGAUGACUAUCGUCAUAGUGAUAGUUUUCGUACUCUGUUGGUCUCCAUAUAUCGUGUUCGAUCUGCUGCAGGUGUUUGAACAGAUUCCAAGAACCCAAACCAACAUUGCUAUCGCCACUUUUAUCCAAAGCCUAGCCCCACUCAACUCAGCAGCCAAUCCGCUCAUCUAUUGCUUAUUCUCAACACAUUUCGUCAGGACACUAAAAAGACUUCCACCUUUUCGAUGGCUGUUCUCAUCCGGCUUUUGCUGUACAAAUCCCGAUGAUGGCAAUAUCCAUAGUGGAUAUGGACAGACUGUCCACGGGAACCGAUUGCGUAACCAACACAGCAGUGAUUCCAUGCGGACGCUCACCACAUCCCUGACAGUGUCCACCCGAAGACCAACCACCAUUCUGCGGUCGUCGAGGGUAAUUGUAUAGCAGGAUGAGAUAUCUCACUUCUCAUCGGCAACUGUAAACGCCUACACAGGUGAGGAACAGGGAAAGCGUUUUCCUGAAUUAAAAUCAACUGUAGCAGAGUCAAAGCAUAUAAGGUUCUAGUCAAAUUUUUAGCAUAUAGUGCGUACGUAUAUACCGAAGCCCUUUCUAACAAUUUUAUUGUGACGUUUAUAUACAGAUACAAUUACCAUUAGAGUUUUGGACAAAUAUUUAAAUAUAUUCCGAUGGAUCAUUCAUGUUUUUGUUAAGCGUUAGUCGGAAUAACUGUUAAGAAACACAUUUUGUGGUAUUAUGUAUUCUAGGAAUACCGGAGCUCCUCAAACUCAUACGACAUUACAAAGAGUAGCGGUCUUCUGAUUUUUCGAUCGAAAAGCAUUUCUUGCUGAUAAUAUUUCUCUCCCUUGUGCCAAGCAAUAAUUUGUGCAUUGUUCUCGAAAUAGAAUAUAUGAAAAUUUAGUUUUUAAGAUAAAUAAGUUUGAUUGCAAAUACCCAAAGAUGCAUUAUUUUAAUCACAUGACCGAUUUCACAAGCGGUGCCCCUUUAAUCGUUUUAGGUCGAUAAACAUUCCACUGUUGAACUGUGUUGCUUUCGUGGAUUAUUGAAAAAACUCAAUUUUUGUAGUUUUACUUACAAUAUUCGAUUAAAGCAGUCAAUUGAAUGUGUACAAACAAUGUCAAUAAAAUAGAACAAAUUAUCAAGCAUCACUGCGUCCGAUUUCACUACCACCCGAACAGAAUGAAAAUAGAAUUUAAGUUUUCUGAAACUUUUGUCGUGUUUUGAGAUGAAGGAGUUCCAAUUACGAUACCGAAUACAUAGCAUAUUCCAUAAAUAAAAUAUUGUAUUACAUGACAGUAUCUAUCGACCAAACGCUGGUCGUUAACCCUUGCAGCCUUGUAGGUUACAAAUAGUGCUAGUGCUAGUGAUUUUGAUUUUUCAAUUUUAUAGUAACACUAUACAGUGUAUACCAGUAACAAAAUACGAAUCCGUGUAAACAUUUUCUAAAUUGAGCUGAAUAAGUGUAAGCGAGUAACUAAAAGUGUGAAAACAAAAAGAAAUUUACGGAAUCUUGUAAAAAUGAUAUUAUGUAUUAUUCGUUAGACUGAUACUGUUCGUCGUAUUUGCGCAAGCUGAUCAAAUUAACCACCUGUGAAAAAAGCAUAAUGCAAAGUUUAUGGAUUUGUUUGAUUAAGAUGUAUGUUUGACAAAACAAUAAUAAAGCCGUUUAAAUAUAUCGUAAAAAUU